AUGUUACAGAAAUCACCGACGGGGACGUGGCUUCCCUGCUGGGUGCCGAAGUCCACUACGACGGUGGCAGUGCUCCUGAUGCUCUGUUCGAUUGUGCAGUCUACUACUGGAGGAUACGACGGGUCGAUGCUCAAUGGCCUCAACAUCCUGCCUUCGUACACUGAUUAUUUCAACCUGAAUGCCGCAACCACCGGUCUCAACACCGGCUCCGUAUUCAUCGGUGGUUUCUUCGGACCUAUCGUCUCGGGCGUUAUGGCCGACCGCCUUGGUAGACGUCCCACUAUCUUUUGGGGGUGUCUACUUACCAUCGUCGGCAUCAUCCUUCAGACUGCUGCGCAGAAUAUCGCCAUGUUCGUUGUUGCGCGCAUAAUCCUCGGGUUUGGAUCCAUCGUUGCAGGCAUAGCUUCUGGGGUGUAUCUUUCCGAGACAUAUCCCAGCCGAUGGCGCGCUUGGGGCGUUGGCCUGUUAAACGACUUCUAUUACGUUGGUGCGUUAAUCGCUGCUGGUAUCACAUUAGGCACAGGUCAAUGGCAGUCAACCUGGGCUUGGAGAGCGCCAUCAUUGUUCCAGGCCAUCUUUUCCGUCUUGUGCAUAAUCGUACUGCCCUUCAUACCCGAAUCACCUCGAUGGCUCGUACACGAAGGCUUCUACGAAGAAGCCCGAACAGUUGUCGCCCAAACCAAUGCCGACGGCGACCUCUCCAACCCAAUCGUACUAACAGUGUAUAAGGAGAUCCUCGACACGCUGGAGUGGGAGAAGAAAGAAGGGCGCACUAUGAGCCCGAAAGAGAUCUUCAAGACGCCCGUCGCGCGCAAACGCCUGCUGAUAGGCAUGUCCGCGGGGCCAUUCUCGUGCGUCGCUGGUAAUAUCAUUGCGUCUUACUACCUUGGGUCGGAGCUCAACACGGCUGGAAUAACAAACGCGAACGACCAACUGAAAGCGAACGUCGUUCUGAAUGUAUGGUGCCUAGGCUGCGCACUCGCCGGGACCCAUCUCGCCGCGAAAUGGGGUCGCAAAUCCACCGCGCUCCUCUCCCAAUCUCUCCUCGUGGUUUGCCUCUUCGUGAUAGGCGGUCUCUCAAAGCUUUACGCCGAUAAUCCCGACGGCGCUUCCAAAAGCCUGAUCUACGGCGAUGUCGCGGUCAUGUUUCUCUUCCAGGGAUUCUACUCGAUUGCGUGGACGCCGCUGCUGUAUCUGUAUCCGCCGGAGGUCAUGAACUACUCGAUCCGCGCGAACGGGCUGGCAUUUUCGCAGUUCGCGCUGAAUGCUUUCGCCUGCGUGCUGGUGUUUGUUAUGCCGAUUGGGAUCGAAAACAUUGGAUGGAAAAUGUACAUGGUCAAUGGCUCCUGGGACAUCAUUAUCGUCGCCCUCAUUGCUGUAUACUGGGUCGAGACCAAAGGUAAAACUCUCGAAGAGAUCGACGCGAUCUUCGAAGGCGAAAAGCAUUCUGCUGUGCCGGAUGUAGAGGCCGUCAGAAAGGGCAAGGCGACUGUUGAUACCAAGGAGCUGGAGCACGAGGUCAUGAUGGAGACUACGUUGACGGGCGAGAAGGAUAGAUAA